AUGAUCAUUGAGACUCGCCACGCAUUCCAACGCACCGCGCCAAGCAAAACUCUCGCCUCGCUGCUCAAGGACCAUGGCAACCCCUUUGUCCAGCAGCAGAUUGACCAACACCAACUGGGUCAGCUGACAAAAGCGCCAGGAGGUGGCAUCCGCAUUAAGAACCUUGCCGGUCAAGAAGUCAAGAUUCUUGGGG